AUGAAGCAGACAGAAGCACACAACGUCUUCUUUAGUGACGUGAGUUGUGUGGUGGUGGGGUGUGUGGUGGUGGUUGUGUGGUGGUGUGUUGUGGUGGUGGGUGUGGUGGUGGGGGUGUGGGUGGUGGUGGGGUGUGGUGGGUUGGGGGUGGUGGGGUGGUGGGUGGGGUGUGGUGGGUGUGGGGUGGGUGGGUGGGGGUGUGGGGUGGUUGGGGUGUGUGGGUGGGGUGGGUGUGGGUGGUGUGGUGUGGGUGGGUUGGUGUGGGUGGGUGGUGUUGGGUGUGGUGGGGUGGUGUGUGGUGGGGGUGGUUGUGGGUGGUGUGGGGGUGGGUGGGUUGGUGUGGUGGGGGUUGUGUGGGGUGUGGUGGUGGUGUGGGUGGGGUGGGGGUGGUGGGUGUGGGGGUGUGGUGGUGGGUGGGGUGUGGGGGUGGUGGGUGGGUGGGGGGUGGGGUUGUGGUGGUGUGGGGGUGGUGUGGGGGUGAGUUGUGUAGUGAAGUGA